AUGACGGAUGGUGACUAUGAUUAUCUGAUUAAGCUCCUGGCACUUGGAGAUUCUGGUGUUGGAAAGACGACAUUUCUCUACAGAUACACAGAUAACAAGUUCAAUCCUAAAUUCAUCACGACGGUCGGGAUUGACUUCCGGGAAAAGAGAGUGGACUACAAUAAAACCAGUUCUGGCAGCACACAUGGAAAGUCCUUAAAAGUUCAUCUACAGCUGUGGGACACAGCUGGACAGGAGAGGUUCCGGAGUCUCACCACGGCAUUCUUCAGAGACGCCAUGGGUUUCCUAUUAAUGUUUGACCUUACCAGUCAGCAAAGUUUUCUCAAUGUCCGGAAUUGGAUGAGUCAGCUGCAAGCAAAUGCUUACUGUGAGAGUCCAGAUAUUGUCUUAAUUGGUAACAAAGCAGACCUGUCAGAUCAACGAGAGGUCAAUGAACGGCAAGCAAAAGAGCUUGCUGAUAAAUAUGGCAUUCCAUACUUUGAAACCAGCGCCGCGACUGGACAGAACGUGGAGAAGUCCGUAGAUACCCUGCUGGACUUGAUCAUGAAACGAAUGGAGCAAUGCGUAGACAAGACCCAAGUCCCUGACGCGGUGAAUGGAGGAAACUCUGGAAAAUUAGACGAAACAAAAGCAGACCGAAAGUGUGCCUGUUAA